AAAAAAGAUAACUGUAAGAUGGCUACAGCACUAGUUUCUGCAGGAUAAUCAAUAAGUAAAACGCUUUCAUUUAAAGGUUUAGUUGGAACUUAUGUACAACAAGAUAUAGAGACAAGAUUACAAUAAGAAGUGUACAAAAAGUAAAUAAGAGUGAGGGAAUUCUUCACAGAUUUUGAUCGUCUCCGAAAAGGAUGGGUGACAGAAGAUAAGGUAUUACUCUAUCAAUAACAAUAAGUUUCGAUCUGCCUUGUCAAUGAUCAAUUUCCACUUUACUAGAGAUGAGAUUGAGGAAAUAAUAAGAAGAUAUAAACUCAAUGAUGGAUUAGUCUAGUACACAACAUUCUGUAACAAGCUUGAAGAGCAAUUCUUAAAUAGCGAAGCCAAAGCUUAAGUGUUUUAGGCACCAUAAGUAUGAAUAAUCGACUAGUUGUAGAUUUUCAAUAAGGAUGAGGAAGACACAGUUAAGAGAUUGAUGUUGGCAAUAAAAAGGAAAAUAGCAACCAAACGAAUAUUCUUGAAACAGCCAUUCCAGGAUUUUGAUAGAACUGCCUGUUCUCAUAUCACCAUUGAUCAAUUUUCAAGAGUGCUCAAUUAAUUGGGAUUGCUACCUAAGGACUAAUAUUUGUAAUUGCUCAUCAGAUAAUACAUCGAUAAUGGAAAUCCUAAGGAAGUGAAUUAUGUUAAAUUUUGUGAUGAUGUCGAUAAUGUCUAAGAAAUGUUGAGCGGAGUAAUCACUGGCAUAAAGCAUAAUCCAAAGGAGGUAUUAUUUAUUCAAUACAUAGGUUCAUCCUGAUGAUGAUUUCAUAGAAGACAAAGAAGGACUUGAUUUGAUUUCUACUUUGUUUACUUCCAAGAAAUUAACUGAUAACAUCAACACCUUGGAAUAGGUAUUAAAGAAGAUUUAAGGAGAUGUAGUUAUGAAGAGAAUCAGAAUUAGAGAGUUCUACAAGGACUUCGAUCCCUUGAGAAAAGGAUUAGUUACUGAAUCCCAAGUAUGCUAUGAUUAUUGAUGUUAGUUUGCUAGAAUAUUGCAUCUUCAAAACAUUCCUGUUACUGAGAAGGAAAUAUCCAUACUAUUGAAUCACUAUAAAAUUGACAGCAUUCCCAAUGGUCAGGUAGAUUACAAUCAAUUCUGUGAAGAUGUCGAUAAGAUUUUCACUAUUAAGGGAAUUGAUAAAUCUCCUUAAGCCUAAGUUCCUUAGAUUGAUGAUUCAACUACAUUACCAGCUAGAAGAAGAUAUUUAUAAAUGACAGAGUAAGAAGCCAUUUAAUUGGAUGAAUUAUUGAUGAAAUACAAACAAGCCAUUCAAAACAAAAGAGUUCUCUUGAAACCAGUCUUCGAAGAUUUUGAUAAGACUAAAUAAGGAUAUAUCACAACUAAUCAAUUCCUAAGAAUUCUUAAUUAAUUCAACUUAUUCCCAGACCCUGUUUCAUUAAAUUUACUAUUGAAAAGAUUUGUUGAUAAAGCCAAUUUAAAUGAAGUCAAUUACUAUGAUUUCUGUAGAAUAGUUGAUCAAUCCGAUGAAGGUGUUGCUAUAAGUAGAUCUCAUGCAGAUGCAUUCAAAAACUAUGUUAAGUCAGACAAUGUGAGUUAAGCAUUCAUCAGAAAUGAUUAGCCAAAUGAUUUUGAAGAUCUUAUGGCUAAAUUAAGAAGAAUUGUUAAGGAAUAGAGACAGAGAAUUGCAGAAUUCCUUAGAGAUUUCGAUAAAUUAAGAAGUGGUACCAUUACUAUCACUCAAUUAAGAAAAGGAUUAAGUAUGGCUAAGAUUCUAUUGUCUGAUGCUGAAUUCCAAUUGAUUCUAUAAAACUUUGGAUGCAAAGACAAGCCAAACUUUGUAUACUGGAAGGAUUUCACUGAUUAAGUUGAUUAAGUAUUCACAACUAAGAAUCUUGAAAAAGUCAGUCCUUCAGAAGACGUACCUCUGAUGUCAACCUAAUAUAAUUAUGGCAGAGUUUCAAUUACAGAGAGAGAUCGAUAAGUGGCUGAAGUUGUAAAGAAGAAAUUUUAAUAUUUCUGCAAAGCUACUAGAUUGGAUAUUAAAUAGUUUUUCUAGGAUUGGGAUAAAUUGGGCAGAAACAAAGUGUCUCCUAAGUAAUUCAGAUAAACCUUGGCCACUGUCAAUUUCAUUUUAUCUGAUGAAGAAUUCUAAGCAGUCGUCAAAAUAUAUGCUGCUGAAGAUGAUGGAGAUAUUAGAUAUGUUUAGUUUAUAAAUGAUACUCAACCUCCCUUAGAAAUAUAAACUGAGUCAGGUGCAUCUCAAGCGUAUGUGGGUGUCAAACCUAAAGAGAAAGAAAAAGUAUAUAUAAUAAUGAGUUUAAUUAGUUACAACCAUCUGUGCUCUUAGAAUAAAUUAAAGUGGCUGUUAAGAUCAAACGAUUAAGACUGGGUGAUUACUUCAAAGAUUUUGAUCCUCUAAGAAAAGGAUUGAUGCCUACCAAUAAAUUUAGAGGAGUGUUGAGUCAAAUGAAGAUAGAUUUGGAUCAAGAGAGUUUAGACCUGUUAGAAACCAUGUAUGUUGUACCAGAAGAUCCCAUUAGAGUCAAUUAUGCUAAGUUCAUAGAGGAUGUCGAAAUUGUGUUUACAAAAUCUGUAAGAAUCUAUAUUUACUCAUUUAAUAAAGGGAUUAGAUAAAGAUCCAUUGAUGAAACCUCCCGUCCAUGUUAUUCCAACUUUCCUUGAUCCAAGAGAUGCCUUAACUUCAGAAGAAGAGGAAGCCUUGCAUACUAUUAUGUUAAGAUUAGGCGAAGUCGUUAAAAAACAUAGAAUCCUACUCAAACCUCACUUCCAAGAUAAAGUAAUGUAUGUCAUUCACAUUUUAUAGGACAAAACUAAAUCUGGAAAGAUUACUUUUACUCGAUUUAGAUCUAUUAUGGAUUUUCAUAAAUUACCAUUAACUGAUGAUUAAUUUAGAGUCAUUUGCAAAAGGUAACCAAUUACAUUUCAUAAUUUAUAGAUUUGCUUACUAGGGUAUUGAAUUCAAUUAUGUGGAAUUUGAUGAAAUUUUAAAGAAAUACGAGAAUUUUUAUCAAUGAAUUAUAAACGCA